CUACCUUGUAUUUGAAAAAAAUACUUAGAUUUACUGCAAUUUGUUACCUUAAUCUAAGCAUUAAAUCUCCUUUAGUGCACAUUCUCUAUUUUCACAGUAGUAGAGUACAGCACAGGUGGAAAUCCUGAUGAACUGAAGUUAGGAUCCAAAUAUGGAAUUAAACAUGUUGAUGUGGUAGAUGUCAUAAGAUACAGACGUUCAAAUGGCUGCUUGGCUCAGACAUCCAAUGCCUUUUAGUCCUUUUUAAUGUACCAGACUUUCCCAAUUUACUCAACUCCUUAAAUUUACCAAAGCUAGCACUAUGACUCAGUGGGUUUAUCAAUCGCAUAGCAGAACCAUGUCAACUGGAUUAGCUAACCCUUUGUUUGGUUGCAACAUGAAUGGAUUUAGUGUUCAUCAGGGAAGGUGGAUGUGUUGUGGUUCAAAUGACCCAUUACUAACUAGUGAUUCUGCUGCAUUAAGGAGGGAGGGCUAAUCGAGCCUGUAGUAGGGUUCUUAUUGUAGUGGAUUUCUGUGUUUAUGAGUCAAUGUCCAAAUAAUGAAAUAUAACUAACCUAAUGAGGUUUUGUCCCAAUAAAAUGGGUUGAUUUGGAAUCUACAGCAUUAUUUUAGUAAAGGUGGGUGAUGCUACUGUAGGAUAUUGUUUUAAAGAAGUUUAUUCCCUGGAAAUCUGAGUUAAGAAAUUUGAGGCGGUAUCCUCACAAAUGUGUUUGAUUUGAUAAAAUUUUAAGAUGGAACUCACACAACUUUUGAAAACUAAAAAUUCCUACAAACGUUUGUACUUGUGAAUUCAGCUGAUAUUGCUGUACGUAGAAUUCAUCUGAUUUAAAAUGGCUCAGAACAGUGGCUUCUCAAAUUAUGGGGAGGGGAAACUUGCUCUAAUUUCACAAAACAACUGAUCUGAUUCAGCUACUGAAUUAGCUGGACUGGGACUCUUCUGUGUAGUCACCAAAUAGUUAUGAAAGGAUUGUGAACAUUCCACUCUUGUGUACUGGGUUGAUACUUUUCUAUAAUAUUUGGUCCAACAAAUAGAGUUUUCUGGAAGAUAUUUACUUUAGUGUUCUGCAAUGUCUGACUAACUGGGUAGUGACUACAGUGUAAAGCCAUUUUAAAAAAAAUGCUGCAGACAUCUGAGUCAUAGGGCAAGCUACCAAAAUACUGGGCAAUGGAAAAUCCAGUUUCCCAUGAACACUGCAGGCAGAGAUAAAUCUCAGUGCCUAGCAGUACUUUGUGUCUUGUCCAAAAGAUACACCAUUUGAAAGAGUUGGCUCUGCAGUAUUUCAGUAAGAGUGGUGAAACACAAACUUGCUCCAUGAUUGGAAGAAGAAACCUUCAGAUGAAAGACCAAUAACAAGUUUACCUGUGACUGUUGGAUUCUGGCUGCAUGUGCACAAUCUGAGUGUUGUAUAACAUUCACAUCACUUGGUUUCUUUAGCGACUGCAAUUAUAGCCAAGUGAUUCUGAAUUUGCCAAAUAUUGCAAGUUAUCGUGUAAGGAUGAGUGAAUUCUGGUUAUGUUUCAACUGCUGCAUUGCAGAACAACCAAGGCCAAAAAGGCGGCGGCGAAUAGAUAGAAGCAUGAUUGGAGAGCCAACAAAUUUUGUUCAUACAUCACACAUGGGGACUGGAGAUACAUUAGGGAAUCAAAUUAACUCUUUAAAUGAUGUAUAUGGCUUAAUGAAAUCUAAGGGUGGCUACGGUGAUACCAUGCCAAUUAGUAUUCAGACUCUGCAUCUCAUCGAUACAAAAGCAGCAUAGGAUCAUCAGCAACGGAGUUCCACAGAUCCAGUUAAUCCAUUAAUUCCUGGUUUCCUUAAAGUGUUCUUCUGUAAAUCCUUGAUUCUUCAAAUCUACUCUACCAAAAUGUUUUGAUACAGUUAUCGAAGGAAAAAAAACAUUGUUAAAAGGUCCUGCACUCCUUCCAGUGGAACUUGUUGCUCCUAAUACAAAUUGAAAGCACAUCGAUGAACUGCGCUUCAGAAGUGGAUGAUACAAUCUCCAUAUUGGUUAGGUCACUCAAAGUGGACUUGUUUUUUAUUCAUGACUAUUUACAUUGUUUUGGCUAGCAACAAUUUUUGGAGUCAUAAUUGCCAAUACAUAGUUGAGAAAUAAAACUUUUCAUCAGACCUCAAAUGACUAUAACUAUAUGGAGUGAUAUUUAAGUUUUAUGUGUUUAAUUUAUGGGUUCUAUGUUCAGAUCUUUGACAGCAGUUUUUCCACAUUGAAUUGCAACUUAAGUGAAAUAUAGGAUGUCCAAUGACUUGAUAAUGAGAACUAGUUGCUUAAAUUGAUACCAUGUUUUUGCAAAUAUUGUUUUUAAUAAAGUAAUAAAUUAAAGAUUGUUUAAUUAUUUUCCUGUAUACGAGUGUAAAAGAGAAUGAAAUAAUUGUUAGUCUGGAUCCAAUGAAGUGCAAAAAAACAAAGAUUUAAAAAAAACAAUAUUAAUACAUAAGUUAGCUUAUAUGCAUACAGUUCUGUGCAGAAGUCAGGCACGUGCAAAAAAUUGUAAAGAUGCUUUCAAAAUAAUGAAGUUUCUAAAUCUCAAAAAAUUACUAUAGAGCAAAAAACAGUAAAAGACUAAAUCAAGUCAUUGGUAUAUCUCUGAACUGGAAAUAAAGCCAAGAGACGAUGCACCGAAAUACAAGGAUUGGGGUGCUGAACAAUGGCAGCAAGUGUUCUGGAAGCACGAGUUGAAAUUUGAAAUUUUUGACUCGAAUAGGAGGCAGUUUUUUUCUGUAAAAUAGCUGGAGGUUGCUACAGUGAAGGACGGUGGAGAUUUCCUGCAUGUUUGGGGCUUCAUUUCUGCAGAUGGAGUCAGUGAUCUGGUCGGAAUUAAAGGAGUCCUCAAUGCUGAGAAGUACAAGCAAAUUCUCAUCCAUCAUGCAAUACCAUCAAGGAGGUGUGUGAUGAGUCUCAACUUCAUUCUGUAGCAAGACAAUGACACCAAAUGUGUGGCCAAGGUCACAAAGAACUAUCUUCAGCAAAAAAGAACAAGAAGUUCUACAACAAAUGGUAUGACCUCCAUCAUAGGGUGACUGCGAUUACUUGGAGAGACAGAAGCAAGUAAGACAGCCAAAGUCUGCAGAAGAACUGUGGCAAAUUCAACAAAAUGUUAGGAACAACCUACCAGCCAAUUUCUUCUAAAACUACACAGCAGUGUACCUAAAAGAAUUGAUGCAGUUUUAAAGGCAAAGGUUGGUCACACUAGAUAUUGAUUUCAGUUAGUUUUUCUAGGAGUUUGAUAUUGCUUAUAGUUUUCACUGCUGUGCCACUCAUGUGAAAGGGGGUAUGGUGGUGUGAUUUUCCUGAAGUCCACUACCUCCUUAGUCUUAUUGACAUUAAGGAAGAGGUUAUUUGCCUGGCCUCAACCCGCGAGCUCUUUUAUCACCU